AUGUGGAGCCCCUCUGACAUGUUUCAGGCUCUGAGUGACCGGGACAGCGGCUAUGGAGAGAUGGGUGACCCCCCGCCGUCACUCUGGAGGAUGGUGGAGGACCAGGUGCCCCCCAGUGAGAGGACUGAAAUCCGGAGGAUUCUGGGAGAGGUCGCCGUGGACCUGAGCCUGGACCUGCAUGCCGAGGUUGAGGUUCUACUGGAGCUGUGCAGAGAGAUCCGAUCUUCCAGUCCCCCCUCCCUACAGAGACCCCCCAGCAGCUGCUCCGUCCUGGCCGACCCCCCGGUGAUAAAGGACAUGGUGACGCAGGAGAUCCGCAUGUUACUGCUGAGUGUGAGGAGCAAAGAGCGACACCAGGGCCUUGACGAGGACCAGGCGCUUUCCAAGUACAACCCAAAGGUGGUGACAUAUGUGAUGGGGCCCGGCCGGCCGGAGAGCAGAGCCCAAUCUAGAGAGAGCCGAUGGGGCCGACCAAUGAGUGCAAGCCGAGCUGGAGAUGGGCGACCCCUCUCCUCUCUGUCCUCCGGCUCCAGCAUCGAGGAUGACCUGGAGGAACUGAAGGACAAACUCAAGAUUUCUGACAUUGAUGAGGUUGUACGACACCUUCAAUCAUUGCUGGAGGAGGAGUGUCAGUCCCUGAAGAAAGAGAUCGCCAACCUGCAGGAACUCCUUGAAGAAGAUCAUCUGUAUGCUGAGGAGUUCCAAACACCGCUGCCGGAACCUUCUCUGACAGAGCUGAAGGAGGAAAGGCGGAUUAUUGAGAGAGAUCUGCAGAGCGAUCCGCCAUCUUUGACACCUGUACAAUCCAAGAAACAGGACGUCAGCCAGGUCUCUGGAGGCUGUAAAGAGCGAUCAGGAGCGCCGGACUCCUCCACAGACACCAGGACCUCCCGAAUUACACCGACACAAGCUGACGCCGUGUCCUCCUCACCCAAAACUGAACAGCGCCACCAGGAGGACACAGGAAGCUCUCUGCUCCACCCUGCCCCCACCCUCACUAAGGGGUCCGGGGGGAUUCCUUCUGCUGGACAAGAACUGGCCUCCGAUCAUCCCCAUAAACCUGCUAAUGCACCUGGCAGUCCGGGGCGUCUGUGUCGGGUGUACGACCCUGGUCGGAGCAUCGGCCUGUUCACUGUGAACUGCGUUCCUGCAGACAGCAGUCGGUCUACACGUGGAAUGAAGCCACCAGACACUCUGUAUGUUCCUGCCCCUCCCCCCCCCGGCUCAAAGGCCACCCAGCGCUGCCAACUCUGCGCCAGCGUUCCGCAGGGUGAAGGCGAAGGUUGCCGAACAUUCCACCAU